UCGCCGAUACCUGCGCUGUUCUUGGGUGUUGGACUUAGACAUAAACAACCCAGUCGUGGGAUCCCGAGAUACCACACGCACACUCCUUCUUCGAUGAUCUUGCACAUCGGUCCGAUCAUACUCACCCUGCAAUAUUCUCCUUCUCAGUCCUGAAAACGUGAGAAACCCACACGUCAUCCAGUUCGCAUCAUUGCUCCUAGGAAGUGAUUUCUUGGCAGUCAGUCGGCAGUCACCAACAUUGACCCCCAGCAUUAUCUCACGAAAUUCGGCGCCACAAUCCCGCAGGAGCUGGAUAGCUGCACUCCCGAGCAGGUGAAAACCUAAGUUGCAGCCCAAAAUCUUUUUCUCCGGCAUUUUCGUCCACUCCCCUCAUUUCGAAUUGGGCGCAUGUCAAACGCGCCUCAAGGUAGCGGCUAUGAAGGUCGCAAAAUCGCAAUCCCACGCCUUCCGCGCGCCUCCAAUUCGCAUACACUCCCAAAAGAAAGGAGGAGGGUUGCAAGAGCAUGCACUGCAUGUAGAUCUCACAAGAUAAAAUGCUCGGGUGACAGUCCACGGUGUAAGCACUGUGUGUCAACAGACCGAGAAUGCGUGUACAUCAUGCCCCGCAAGGACCGCUUGAAGAUUUUGUCCGACCGAUGUGCUCAGAUGGCUGGCUACUUGAGAAUGCUAAAAGGCUCGGCUAGCGAGGAAGAUAAUGCUCGCAUAGGCGAGUUACUCGAGGCGGUGGACGAAGAUGUUUCAGAAAUACCUAUGGGAAACCCACCUUCGAUUGCCGAUACUGAAGGGGACGAACCCGGAACAGCGACCCGGAUGUCGUUAUUCGACGAAAGCAUUGCCGAAUCGGAUGAACAAGUCGACAUCAACUCAUUGGAUGCACUGGACGAAAAUAUUCACAUGAAUGAUCGGUCUCGUGCCACAGGAUUCGUGGGAAAGAAUUCAGAGGUCCAAUGGCUGCGAUCUUUGCUGCACCUGGAAAAUGUGGCCGAUGAUCCAACUAUGUCUGGAGUAGCCGCUAAACGGAAAAUGUCCACAGUGACGUCUGGAAACAACGAUCAAGUCAGUGUUGUGACAUUUUAUCUAGACAGCGAGGACGUUGAACCGAACUCUUAUGUUGAACCAUAUGAGUUGCCCGAUCCAGAUACUGCCGAGCGACUGCUAGGAGUGUACAUGGAAAAGGUACACGAUUCUUUUCCUAUACUCCCUAGAAAGCUAUUCGAAGAGCAAUUCCGUAAAUACUUCACAGGUCUGAAGCACGGUGCCGCCCCUCAUCUCAACGUCAAAUGGCAAGCCAUUCUCAAUUUGGUUUUUGCUAUUGGAGCCCGCUAUUCACACCUAAUCAAAGCUGAAUGGCAAGCAGAUGAGCAAGACCACUUGGUCUACCAGGCGAGAGCGCGUUCGUUUGCGUGGAACGAUUCGACUUUCGUGCAACAUCCAGACUUGCCUCAGAUCCAGGUUGCUGGUUUGUUGGCGCUGUAUUAUCUCUCUAUCGGCCAAGUCAGUCGUGCUUGGAUUGUUGCUGGAAUGGCACUCCGGUUUGCACAAGCGUUAGGUCUCCAUGUCAGAAACGAAGACCCCUCUGCGACUCCUCCGAAACGAGAAGUGUUGGUACGGAUCUGGUGGAGUCUGUACUCCCUCGAAAGGCAACUCAGUGUCAUCACCGGCCGACCCAGCGUUAUCGUCGAUUCCAGCUGCUCCGUCCCGCUUCCACUCCCUGUGCCAGAACAUCAAAUCGCGGAGGCCAUUGCCUCACGACGACCCUCAUCAGCGGCCGCGUUCACUUCCCUAGACCCUCCCUUGACACCUACGGGCAUUCGAAGGCCAGAAGCCAACUCUGGCUCGUACAUCAAAGCCACAGUACAGAUGGGCAUUAUAACUCAGAGCAUCCUCAUGGGGCUAUACUCUGCUGCUACGAUGAUCCGGCCGCCGGCUGAGACUCAACAGGAUAUAAUUCAGCUGGGUCGGCGGAUUGACCAUUGGGCAGCAUCACUCCCAAGUGAAUAUGAUCCCCGCAUAGACACGACAGCUGGAAAUCUCUCGCAAGAGUUCUUCCGUGAGCGCUUGCUGUUAGGGUUCCAGUUCUAUAGUAGGAGAAUUCUGCUCACACGACCGUGUAUUGGGGGGCUGGGACAGGCAUGGAAAGACAAUAAAGACACAAAUAAUUCAGGGUUUCUGCGGCAGAUGGCCAUGAUAUGCCUGAAUGCGGCCAAGUCGCAGUUGAAUUUGCUGCCAGACGAACCGAAUCCUCUGUUCCUGUUGGAGAACGGUCCGUGGUGGAGCAUAGUCCAUCAUUUCAUGCAGGCUUUCGCGAUAAUUCUUCUUGCUCUCUCCCAAUACUCUAUAGGUCACCAGGAGAAUAGUGUACUUUCCGGUUAUGCUAAAAAGACAAUACGAUGGCUGCGCUCUUUGGAAGACCCCUUGGCUGAGCGUGCCUCCCGAGUUGCCUUCGAUUCGUUUCAACUGGUGGCAAACCGACUUUCAUUGGAUAUCUCGGAUUUGUGGGGUGAUUUCGUGCCGGUACAUCCAGGGAUGGCUUCAGGCAUGAUGGACGACGGGGUUGGUAUGGGGCCUUAUCCCAUGCCAAGUAGUGGUGGGUUUUACAAUGCAGGGACCAAUGUCAUUGAUCCAGCGUUAGGUAUGCCGGCUCCAAGCGCUUCACACCCCGUCUUUCAAAUCGACCCGAUGGAAGGUAGCUCGACGUUCACGCAUUUGCAUGGCAGGCCUGGGUAUGAUAAUUUUCCCUCAUACCGGCCUCCGAGGUAAGCGUGAUGCGGGAAGUUGUCAAGAUAACAAGAGAAGGAUUGGAAUUAAUGAUUUAAUGUUACAUACGAAUUUCAUUGGUGGGAAGAAUUCUAGUACAUGAGCGAGUGUCGUGGAGAUAAUGAUCGGGUGCUGGAAAUCGAAUGAUAAUUUGGAACGCGUCGCCUGCACCGUAACUCUGUAUAGCAUGCAUAAAGAAGCCCUCUAGUUGUCCAAAUGUGUUAUAAGAAGUGGUACUUUGGGUUGCGCUUCUGAU